AUGGCGGAAAAUAGCAUUGUCCUUGUUACAGGCGGAAACACGGGCAUCGGUUAUGAGACUGUCAAGGCCCUCUACGCAUCGUCAGAUGCGCAUGUCGUUCUCAUGGGCAGCCGUUCGCUCGACAAGGCCCACACCGCUAUCAAGACACUGCAAUCCGAAGUGACUGAUUCCAAUUCGGAGUUGGUUCCAAUCCAAAUCGACAUUGAGGACGACGCUUCCAUUGAAAGAUUAAACAAAUUCAUAGGGUCUACGUACGGCAGGCUGGACGCUCUUGUUAAUAAUGCCGGAGGGUCUCACGACGCCGCCAUGCGCGGAAACCCCAAGGCCGCCGGCAUCCGCGAGGCUUUUGACCACACAUACUCGCUCAACGUGACCUCCACGCAGGUCUUGACGCACACCCUCAUCCCACUCAUUCUCAAAUCUUCGCAUCCCCGGAUUCUUUUUGUGACGUCCGGAAUGUCGUCUCUUGAUGCUUGCUCUGGCGGCAGCUCCAUCUCUCCUACUCAUAAAAAGGGCCUUGCCAGCGUUCCCGCUGGCUGGCCAAAGCCGCCUGUUCUCUCUCAGAUAGCGUACCGUAGCUCGAAGACGGGCUUGAACAUGGUGAUGUUGGAGUGGCAGAGAUUUCUGAAAGAAGACGGUGUCAAGGUAUUCUGCAUCAGCCCUGGGUUUCUGGCGACGAACCUUGGUGGUAUGGGUCCAGAAAAGUUGAGGGAGAUGGGGGCUGGAGAUCCAAGUUUGGGUGGAGCUUUGAUCAAAGAUGUGGUCGAGGGAAAGAGAGAUACAGACGCUGGAAAGGUCGUCAAUGCCGCCGGUGUUCAGGCUUGGUGA